UUCACCCAGCAAGCGAAGAGAAAGCUAGAUGUCGUUCUCACUGAAGUUUGUGAAGCACAGUUUAAACUGGAGCGCCCUGUGUCCACUACAGCAGAAAUGGCCAGUUUUCUCACAUUCCUCGAUGAGAUCAUGGAGAGGAUUGCUGUACUAAAAGAGGAGCAGAUGACAGUUUCAAAAAUGUACAGUCUGAUCAACACAUACUCUGUUCCCACUCCUCCUGAGGAUCGUGUAGUUUUUGCCACAUUGAAACCCUCCGUUAACUCGUUGGAAGGCAUAAUCGGUUACGCAUUGGCAGAGAGGGACUCCAGCAUGGAGAAGUUUGCUGCUCCCUGAGCGCAGGCAUAAAAAAAGUACAAGAUGAGGUCACAAAUAUCAAACGUAAAGUACAGGUACCUGCAAUAAUUGAAUUUAAAAUAAUUCAUAUUUUUAAAGUGGUUUUAAUACAGUUUGUUACUUAUAUAUCCAUGUACAUGGACAGUAUGUGCUAAAUUUUUCCUUGACGACCUUGUUGUGUUUAAUUUGUAGAAUCCAGAACUUUUGGACAUCAAUGCAGAUCCCUCUCAAGUGCGACUUUUGUUGGAAGAGAUCCAGAUUUCCAUAAAUGAGUUGUAUGACCAGGUGUCUGCAUAUAACUCUUACCAGAGGAAAUUUCAGGUGGAGGUAACCAGGCUUGACACACUGGAGGAGUUAACUGCAGAAUUCAAGCUGAAACAGCUUCUUUGGGACUGUCUGGAGAAAUGGGUCAUUUUACAGGAUGGAUGGCAGCAGAGCACACUUGAGCAACUGGACCUGGAGCAGUUCAGCUUAGAGAUCAACACUUACAGCAAGUACAUCAGCCAGCUAGAGAAAGGCCUUUUUCCAAUGAGUUGGUGCCAAGUUUAAAGAAUAAGGUGGAAGUUAUGAAACAAAGGCUGCCUGUGAUCACUGAACUUCGUAACCCAUGUAUGAAACCACGACACUGGAAGUCCCUACAUUCUUAUGUGGGCACCUCACUGAAUAUUGGACUUACUUUGACUGCUUUGGAAGAGCUUAAUGUCUUCUCAUAUGGCACAGAGAUACAGGAGGUGGAAAAUGUAUGGAAAACAACUGAGUUCACAGUGCUGCCUCAUGGAGACUCUAAUGAAGUCUUUAUCUUAGGAGGCACUGAUGAUAUCCAGGUACUCCUGAAUGACAGUAUUAUCAAUGUGGGCACAGUGGCAUCUUCACGCUAUGUAGCUCCCAUUAAAUACAAGGUGGACAAAUUGCAGAGACAGCUGGAUCUCUUUAAUCAGACACUGGAAGAAUGGCUCAUGUGCCAAAGGAACUGGCUGUACCUUGAGAGGAUCUUCUUGGCUCCAGACAUCAAGAGGCAGCUGCCAGCUGAAUCCAAGAUGUUUCUUAGAGUGGACAAGUCCUGGAAAGAGAUCAUGGUGAAGGUCAAUAUGAUGCCUAAUGCCCUUAAAGCAGCCACACAGCCUGAUCUUUUGGAGAUCUUUAAACGCAAUAACAGCCUUUUAGAUGAGAUACAGAAGUGUCUAGAAGAUUACCUGGAGUCUAAGAGAGUCAUCUUCCCCAGAUUUAGCUUUUUAUCCAGCGAUGAGCUGCUAAAGAUCCUGGCUCAGACACGGAAUCCUCAGGCAGUGCAGCCCCAUCUCCGGAAGUGUUUUGAUGCCAUUACGCGAUUAGAGUUUGCCCUGCUGCCGCCACAAUCUACUGGUGCAACAGAAGUACUGGAUGCUGGAGAAAAGGAGAACCUAUACAGCAAAGACAUUCUUUAUAUGGUAUCCCCGGAGGGAGAGAAGGUACAUUUAACUAAAGGUCUGAAGGCUCAAGGCAAUGUGGAAGAUUGGCUUUGCAAGGUUGAGGAGGCAAUGUACUCGUCACUGAAACGCCUCAGCAAGGCAGCCAUUGCAGACUACCAGGUGAAGUCUAGGGAGGAAUGGGUGGUCGCAGGACAUCCAUCGCAGAGGCUGAAUACCUUGGCAGCAUUGGUACAAGGACAGCUUCCUGCUUUACACCGUAAUAUUAUCACUGCCCUCAUCACCAUUGAUGUCCAUGCCAGAGACAUUGUCACAGAUCUAGUCCAGCAGAAGGUUGACACUACGUCCAACUUUGAAUGGCAGAGACAGCUACGCUACUACUGGGACCUGGACCUGGACAACUGUGUGGCCAAAAUGGCUUUGUCCACUUACAUUUAUGGCUAUGAGUAUCUAGGAGCUUGUCCCCGGCUGGUUAUCACACCACUCACAGACCGUUGCUACCUGUGUCUGAUGGGAGCUCUCCAGCUGGACCUGGGAGGUGCUCCAGCUGGGCCAGCUGGGACGGGCAAAACAGAGACCACUAAGGAUUUGGCCAAAGCCCUGGUCAUACAGUGUGUGGUCUUUAACUGUUCUGAUGGACUUGAUUACAAGACUAAGGAACUGGUUAUCGACUUCAGGAGGCACAAAACGGACAUCUUACCACUUCACAUCUGGGGGGACUGUGUGGAGAGGGUGGAGGACUUCCGGUUCCUGGGGGUCCACAUUAAGGAGGACCUCACCUGGAGCACAAACACUUUUGAGCUGCGGAAGAAGGCUCAGCAGAGACUCUACUUCCUCAGGGUACUGAGGAAGAACAAUGUCAACCAGAGACUGCUGUUGUCAUUCUACCGAAAUGUGGAUCUAUAUGAGUCUAGUGACUUAAAUGAGAUGAGAAUCAGCCCCUCCAAAUCCGAGACCAUGGUACUCAGCCAGUACUAA